AUGCCUCCCCCUUCUUUCUCCCACCAGACCGCCGUGGUCUUGCCGCGCGCCAUCCAGUCCUGGCUCAAGGACCUCAUUCACAAGAUUCGUUCCGCACUCCUUGCCACCGACGAAUCAACACGUCACUCGAUCCUCAGCGCCAUCGAAUCAGCUGUCGAGGAACAUGCGCAUUCACUCCAAUCCGCCUCUAACGCCGAUGAAGCCAACCAUCCCGCCGCUGCUGGCCCAUCGCCUUCGUCUCAGAUCAGGUCACACGUCUCGCUGCGCAUCAACGAUGCUAUCCAAAACUUGUUCCAGAACGAGCUCGAGUCCCAACAGCAUCACAAGCUCCCUGCUCUGAUCGACACCCUCUUUGUCACCAUGCCGCUGCUCGGCCCCACAUUCAUCGUCAUGGACUGGUGGGACCUCGUUCUCUGUCCUCUGCUCAAAAAUGCUUCCGUACAGAACAUCACCGCCAACCGCGCCCGCGAGCUUGUCGUUCGGGCCAUGGUCGCUGCCCCAUCCACCGCAUACGAAGACGAACCUUGUCCCACUCCCGUCUGGCCCAACACGUCUUCCACCGAGGCCGAGGCUGCCUCACCCGCCUCUGCCGCCUCUGCCGCUGGUCCACGUCGAGCGCGUGCUGCACCCUAUCCCAUCUCGGCGGCUGCUCCUCUUGCUGCUUCCUCCUCAUCUCCCUCUCGUCCACCGCAACGCAGCUCGUCGGUCAGCAUCGGCUCCCUUCCCGCCAGUCGCUCGGCAUCCGUUUCAUCGCGUCAAGACACGUUUCGUCGUUUCACUCAGCGCAUUUUUGACCUCUACCUUGCCGAAGCAGCACACCAAAGUCAUCCCGUCGCCGCAGACGAAGCAGCUCAUAGCGAUCAGAAAAGAUUUAGUGCAACCGACGCCCACAAACCCGCCACCCCGGCUCACGAUCACGUCGCGGUGAGCGAUCAGAGUCGCGCCCAUCUCGUACGAGAUCCCAGCUCCAUUGUCUGGAAGGGAAACCUCGAAUCCAUCCUCCUCGUCUACAGCAAUGAAAAACCAAAAGAGUUCUUCCACCACGUUGCCGAGUCAUUUCACGAUCCUGCCGCCCGUGUCGCGCUCCUCUUUUUGCUUUCCACCUUCUUACGCCUCUACCCGAUCCACGCUUACCACAUCACCUCGACCGCUCUCCCUCGCAUGCUCUUCCUCUCGCUCCAGCUCGACACCUCGACCACUUGCGUCUCGCUCGGUGUCACCGCGCUGAUCAUGCUCAUCCCUCACAUCCCCAACUGGAUCGCCAACGGCGGCGCAGGCGGACUGCCCACCCUGCUCAGCAUCUUUGCCCGCAUCGUCGACUGGAGACGUCUGGGUCACGGCUGGGAGAGCCGUGUCGGCAACGAUCCCCAACUCGAACAGAUGCGCAGGGAAAAGGACGAGGAGUUUACCGAGAUCGAUCGGCUCGGCAAGCGUCUCGACAUGAAGCGCUCGUUGCGAUGGAACCGGCUCGAGUCAUCGUUUGACACCACCAUGUCGACGCCCCCCAAUGCAGAGCAUCUGUUCACUUUUCUCUACGGUCUCUUCCCGUGCAACGUGAUCCGCUUCCUGCGCUCGCCCAUCGACUACCUGCGCAAGGCGUCGUUCGACAGCCCCUUUGAAGGGCCCUGGGAGGACAUGAUGGACGAAAUCGCUGUUCAGACUCGCUCGGAUCCCAUCCUGCGUCGACACACGAUCCAUCCCGCCAUCAUCACCAUGGACGCCGAGACCGAACUCACCGACAAGCAACGCUGGCUCGACCACGAUUCGGCCGACAUCAACGCCGAAUGUCUUGGCCUCUUCCUCGGCAAGUGGCACGACGUCAAUUCUUCGCACAUGGUGCAGGCCGAGCGACAGCGAAGCGGCUCGUUGGGCCACGAUGUGCCCGACGACGAGACUGCCUCCGUCUUUUCGUCGGAAGCCAGGCUGGGAGCGUUCGACAUGGAUCGAAGGCGCAGUGCUGUGGCGCUCAUGCAUCCGUCUUGGUACGGCGCAUCGGGCUCGGUGCAUCGUCAGUGGCAACGACUGCCGCGCUCGGUGAAUCCGGACGAGAUUCUGCUCACGUACGCAUCGUUGCGUUCGGGUGCGCCACUCGUCUCGACCGGCGCAGCAGGCGAGGCUGCGAGCGAGGCCACAUGCACACUGAUGGACUUUGGCUCGGCCAUCCAACCCAUGGCGGCAGCGGCGCAGAGGUUGGACGAAGCGACUCCGAUGCCGACGAGGGCAGCGAGCGGCAUGGCGGCGAGCAGUACGCUUUCGAAGCUGCUUCCGGCAGCUAGUGCCGCGGCAGCGGCGACGCCGGCGAUCGUAACGGCGAUGGGCAGCUCGAGCGCUUCACAUGUGGCUUGCUCAAUGCCCGUGUCUCCUGCCACGCACGUGUCGCUCGCACGUGUGCGUUCGCGGUCCGGCUCGAUGUCGUCGUUGCAGUCUCUUAACCACACGGUGAGCGGUACAUCGCCUCUGUCGCCCACGUCGCGACAUGCGCUCGCAAUGAGCCACUUGGCGGCGGAUGCACCGACAACAGCUGCACGAGAAGCGUCGAGCGAUACAGCGUUGUCAGCCAUGCCGUCGUACGACACGACGAUGCGCACCGCGGUAGAGGGCAGCGUAGGGAGCCAAGCGACGAGCGUGUCGUUGCUGCAACGCGAGAAUCUGCUGCUGCGCAACGAGCUCAACUUUGAGCUGUACCUCAAGGAGCAGCAUCUACGACACAUUGGACGGCUACAUCGCGAAAAGGUCACCGACACAGCGCUGGAAGCGGAGCGACAGAAUCUGUACCACACGGUGCGCACGCUGCGCACGUCGAACGAGGCGCAGCACGCCGAGCUGGAACGGUGUCGAGCAGAAGCGUCGGCGACAAAAGCGAGGCACGUGCAGUGGGAAGCCGACCUGAACAACAAACUCAAGGCGUACCGAGAGGAGCGCAAGGCGUGGACGUCCGAGGCACGACAACUCAAGGCGCAGGCAGAGGAAGAUUCGGCACGCAUCGUUUCGCUCACUCGGCAGCUCGAGCAGACGGGCGCACAACUGUUUGAGAUGCACACGCAGUUGCAAAGCGAUCGCGCCAAAAUGGUCAAGCUGGAGCAGUACGAAGCCAAGAUCGCGCAGCUUACCGAGUGUCUAGCGUACUGGGAUGCGGAUGUGCUCAAGUACGAGCAGCAGAGGGUGCAGAUGCGCAAGCUCUUGGACAAGUGGGACCAGAUGGUCUACCUCGUCGAGGCCACAGAGGCAAGUUUGGACGACGUCCAGAAUAGGUUGCAGAGUGUAGAGCUCGAAAACCAGCACUUGAGCGCAGAGUUGACGCGCCAAGUGCAGCAGCGCACAGCCUUGAGCCACGAAAUCAGCGUCCUCCUCAGCGAGCAACACCCCAAGUCGAUGCACACCGAGCAAGAACUGCACACCUUGACACAAGAGUGUGCAAGGUUGGGCGAGACCAACCAAGUCCUGCAGGCGCAACUGUUGGAGUUCAAGGCGACUAUCGAGGCGAUUCAGGAUCGGGACAAGACAACCAGCACGCACGAGCAGCACGAUGCCGAAUGA